GCACCCCGCGGCUAAAAAUCCGCCAUCCCUCGCCUCCCUUGCUGCUAUGGCUGUAUUUAGUUCCAAAAUUUCUCUCUCCAAAUUUCACUAUUUACCUAUCAUAUCAAAUUUUUUGUCUCAUGCAUGGAGCAUUAAAUGUAAGUAAAUAAAAAACUAAUUGCAUAGUUUUGAUGUACACGACGAGACGAAUCUUUUGAGUCUAGUUAGAUCAUGAUAAGACAAUAAUUAUCACAAAUAAAUGAAAAAUGCUAUAGCGUACUAUAGUAUACGACGUGACUCUUUUUACCACCAUUUUACGAAUCUAAACACAACCUCUGUGUAUAUAUAUAUAUAUAUAUAUAGGCGUGUGCCGCCGCGCCAGACUGCGCCGUGCUUUUGGGGGCGGGCGUCCUGCGGUAGCCAGCCAGCCAGCCAGACCGCCGCCGCGCUCGGCAGAGGAGAGGAGCCGAGCCGCGGCCGCGCUCUGCUGCUGCCUGGGAGCAGGAGGAGGGGAGAGGCGGCCGGCCGGGGAGCCAGGAUGGAGGACAAGGCGUCCAAUCUGGACGCCGUGCUCAAGGAGGCCGUCGAUCUCGAGAACAUACCGAUCGAUGAGGUGUUCGAAAACCUCCGAUGCAGCCCGCAGGGCCUCACCACCGCGCAGGCGGAGCAGCGCCUCACCAUCUUCGGGCCCAACAAGCUGGAGGAGAAGCAGGAGAGCAAGGUGCUCAAGUUCCUGGGCUUCAUGUGGAACCCGCUGUCCUGGGUCAUGGAGGCAGCCGCCAUCAUGGCCAUCGCGCUCGCCAAUGGAGGAGGGAAGCCGCCGGACUGGCAGGACUUUGUGGGGAUCAUCACUCUGCUCAUCAUCAACUCCACAAUCAGUUUCAUUGAGGAGAACAAUGCCGGCAAUGCCGCCGCCGCUCUCAUGGCCCGCCUCGCCCCCAAGGCCAAGGUUCUCAGAAAUGGCCGGUGGAGUGAGGAGGAAUCGGCUAUCCUUGUGCCAGGAGACAUCAUCAGUGUGAAGCUUGGAGAUAUCAUUCCAGCUGAUGCUCGUCUGCUUGAGGGUGAUCCGCUGAAGAUCGACCAGUCUGCACUCACCGGUGAGUCCCUUCCAGUGACCAAAGGCCCUGGUGAUGGAGUGUACUCUGGCUCCACUUGUAAACAGGGUGAACUUGAGGCUGUUGUUAUUGCCACUGGUGUGCACACAUUCUUUGGCAAGGCAGCACAUCUUGUUGAUUCAACGAACCAAGUUGGUCAUUUCCAGAAGGUUCUGACUGCCAUCGGGAACUUCUGCAUCUGUUCAAUUGCUGUGGGAAUGCUAGUAGAGAUUGUCGUUAUGUACCCUAUCCAACACAGGGCUUACCGACCAGGAAUUGACAAUCUGUUGGUGCUUCUGAUUGGAGGAAUUCCAAUUGCCAUGCCCACUGUCCUUUCUGUUACUAUGGCAAUUGGGGCACAUCGCUUGGCUCAACAGGGAGCAAUUACUAAGAGAAUGACAGCAAUUGAGGAAAUGGCUGGCAUGGAUGUUCUAUGCAGCGACAAGACUGGGACAUUAACCUUAAACAAAUUGACUGUCGACAAAAGUCUCAUUGAGGUAUUCCAAAGAGGUGUUGACCAGGAUACAGUAAUUCUGAUGGCUGCCAGAGCUUCUCGUACAGAAAAUCAGGAUGCCAUAGAUGCCACAAUAGUUGGUAUGCUGGCUGAUCCAAAGGAGGCUCGUGCUGGUGUUCAAGAGAUUCACUUUCUGCCAUUUAAUCCAACUGACAAAAGAACUGCUUUAACCUACCUUGAUAGAGAGGGAAGAAUGCAUCGUGUUAGCAAGGGAGCACCAGAGCAGAUCCUGCAUCUUGCGCACAACAAGUCGGAUAUUGAAAGAAGGGUCAGAGCUGUGAUUGACAAAUUUGCUGAGCGUGGUCUGCGAGCCCUUGGUGUGGCUUACCAGGAAGUGCCAGAUGGUAGGAAAGAGAGUCCUGGAGGACCAUGGCAGUUCAUCGGGCUCUUGCCACUUUUUGACCCCCCUCGUCAUGAUAGUGCAGAAACGAUCAGAAGGGCACUCGAUCUUGGUGUCAAUGUAAAGAUGAUUACAGGUGAUCAGCUUGCUAUUGGGAAGGAGACAGCACGUCGGUUGGGAAUGGGUACCAAUAUGUACCCUUCAUCUGCUUUACUCGGACAGGAUAAGGAUGAGUCAAUUGCUACUUUGCCAGUUGAUGAGUUGAUCGAGAAGGCUGAUGGCUUUGCUGGAGUCUUUCCAGAGCACAAGUAUGAGAUCGUGAAACGCUUGCAAGCAAGAAAACACAUUUGUGGUAUGACUGGGGAUGGUGUAAAUGAUGCCCCAGCUUUGAAGAAGGCUGAUAUUGGUAUUGCAGUAGCAGACUCCACCGACGCAGCACGAAGUGCUUCGGACAUCGUCCUCACUGAACCAGGCCUUAGCGUGAUUAUUAGUGCUGUGCUUACGAGUCGGGCAAUUUUCCAAAGAAUGAAGAAUUAUACGAUAUAUGCUGUGUCAAUUACCAUCCGUAUUGUGCUUGGUUUUAUGCUUCUUGCGCUGAUAUGGAAGUUUGACUUCCCACCAUUUAUGGUCCUGAUCAUUGCCAUCCUCAAUGAUGGUACCAUUAUGACUAUCUCGAAGGACAGAGUGAAACCAUCUCCACAGCCUGAUAGUUGGAAGUUAGCUGAGAUCUUUGCAACUGGAGUAGUUCUUGGCGGAUAUUUGGCCAUGAUGACAGUUAUUUUCUUCUGGGCUGCAUACAAGACUAACUUCUUCCCGCGAGUGUUUGGUGUCGAAAGCCUUGAAAAAACUGCACAGGAUGAUUUUCAGAAGCUUGCCUCUGCUGUGUACCUUCAAGUUAGCACAAUCAGCCAAGCUCUCAUCUUUGUGACAAGGUCUCGCAGCUGGUCAUUUGUGGAGCGUCCUGGGUUCUUGCUAGUUUUUGCUUUCUUGGUGGCACAGCUGAUCGCUACUCUGAUUGCUGUAUAUGCCAACUGGGCGUUCGCUGCGAUCAAGGGCAUUGGAUGGGGCUGGGCCGGUGUCAUCUGGCUUUACAACAUCGUCUUUUACUUUCCGCUGGAUAUCAUCAAGUUCCUCAUCCGUUACGCUCUGAGCGGGAGAGCAUGGGACCUUGUCCUUGAGCAGAGGAUCGCGUUCACGAGGAAGAAGGAUUUCGGGAGGGCAGAUAGGGAGCUCAGGUGGGCGCACGCUCAGAGGACGCUCCACGGGCUCCAGGCACCGGAGGCAACCAUCUUCGAGAACAAGACGACCUUCAAUGAACUCAACCAGCUCGCGGAAGAGGCACGCAGGAGAGCCGAGAUGGCGAGGUUGCGAGAAGUGAACACCCUGAAGGGGAGGAUGGAGUCGGUGGUGAAGCAGAAGGGCUUGGACAUCGAGACGAUCCAGCAGUCCUACACCGUGUGAUGGAUCGAUUAAUUAUUUACAGGCUUCUUCUUCUUACUAUAUGUACUAGGCAGCAAUAAGGAAAACCCAUGGUUGGGCCUCGAGGAUGAUGACGAUUACAUGUUUCUGACGUCGGUGCGGUGCAUUAUCGCCAUAGUCUCACCUCACCCCCUACAUGCUGCUGUCCAUUAACCACCCCGGCAGACCAUUUACCGGCAUUGAGAUGACGAGAUAUAUAUACUCUGUAGUCCCUAGAUGAUGAUGAUGAUGAUAUAAUACAUCUUUUUUGCUUGUUAUUA